AUGCGUGUGCCCACAGAGUACGCGACGGUCGGCUACAUGGCCAAGCGCAUCCAGAUGCGCAAGAACCGCUUCCUGGCCAUCCAGAAGAUCGCGGAGCAGAAGAAGGCGGCGCUGGAGCCGGCGCACGCGCCGCCGCCGCCGGCGGCCGUCCGACCCGAGGGCGACCACGCGCCAAGCAAACACAAAUUAGUUGAAAAGAAAAACAACUGUGGAGUGCUCAAUGAUGAAUUGUUCGGCGGGCGCCGUUUGUUCCAGGAGGUUCGGUUCAAAGUGCACGACCGAAAGGCCCAUUCGAAGGGCGGCACGCUGGAGCGCACCGUCAACGGGCGCGCAGACGAGGAGGUCCCGCCCCCGCAACACGUCCUCCGCCCGGGCAAGGAUAUCAACAAGAUGUACGGCAUCACCCCCAGCGACAUCGACAAGUACUCGCGCAUCGUCUUCCCGGUGUGCUUCGUGUGCUUCAACCUCAUGUACUGGAUCAUCUACCUGCACAUCAGCGACGUGGUGGCCGACGAUCUGGUGUACAUCGAGGAGGACAAGUAG